AUGGACAUAGACAUAUUUUUAAGACCCUUGGUGGAUGAGUUGAAGGAGUUGUGGGUUAACGGAGUAGAUACCAGAGAUUGUCGAACCAACACUGUCUUCAAGUUGCGUGCAGCUCUUUUGUGGACAGUGAAUGAUUUUCCUGCUCGUAGUUAUUUGUCUGGUUGGAGUGGUCAGGGAUAUAAAGCUUGUCCUACUUGCAAUGAAGAUACAUCUUCUAUUCGAGUAAUUGGUAAGACAUCUUACGUGGGUCAUAGAAGAUUUCUGCCAAAUAACCAUCGAAUGAGAAGGGAUACUCAAUUUGACGGACAAAUUGAGAGAAGACCUCCUCCAAGACGUUUUACUUGUGAAGAAGUAUUAGAACAAGUAAACAAACUCCCACCCCACCUCCCUGGAAAUCAUGAGCUCUUUGGUGGUGUGAAACGUAGGCGAGUUGCAGAAAAUCAUAAUUGGCGGAAAAAAAGCAUCUUCUACGAGCUUGACUAUUGGUGUUCAAAUAUUCUUAAACACAAUAUUGAUGUCAUGCAUGUUGAGAAGAAUGUUUGUGAUAGUUUAUUGGGCACAAUAUUGGACAAUGAGAAAUCCAAGGACACUACCAAUGCAAGACAUGAUUUAAAGAAGCUAGGCGUCAGAGAAUCGUUGUGGAUUUAUGAAGACGAGAGGGGGAAGUUGUUGAAACCUCAUGCACCUUACGUGCUUAAACCUGAUGACAGGAUCCAAUUUUGUAAAUUUAUUAAGGAUGUGAAAUUUCCCGAUGGCUUUUGUUCGAAUUUGAAAAAAAAAGUAAAUGAAAAUUUAACAAAUGUCAUCGGAUUAAAGUCACACGACUGUCAUGUAAUAAUGCAACGAUUACUGUCUGUUGGUGUUCGCAAGUUUCUCCCGAACGCUAUAUCGACCACCAUCUCUGAACUGUGUAACUUUUUCAGGCAAAUUUGUUCAAGGACUAUAAAUGUUAAAGACAUGGAGGUUGCUCAACAAGAUCUUAUUUUAAUCUUGUGUAAAAUGGAGUCCAUAUUUCCUCCUGCAUUUUUUGACAUAAUGAUUCAUUUGGUCCUUCAUUUGCCUGAAGAAGCAAUUUUGGGUGGACCUGUUUUUAUGAGGUGGAUGUAUCCAUUUGAAAGAUACAUGAAAAAAUUGAAGAACUACGUAGGAAAUAAAGCACGUCCUGAAGGGUCGAUAGCAGAGAGUUACGUGAUUGAUGAGGCUUUGACAUUUUGUUCAAUGUAUUUUAAGGGGGUUGAAACAAGGUUUAACCGUCUUGAUCGUAAUGAAGAUGAGGUUGUCCCACGAAAGCUUUCUGUGUUUCAAUCUCAAUGUCGACCCAUCACAAAAGGCAAUCUCCGGCCACUUGAUCGCGCAUCUCGUGAACAAAUAUAUGACUUGCACAAGUCCGGAUCAUUAGACAAUGGCAAAGAGUUGCUAGCUUUAGCAUCCGGGUCUGAUCACUUAGGCACUUACUAUGAAGGUUGUAUUGUGAAUGGAGUUCGAUUUAUGGCUACCAAAAGAGAUGAGAAGAGGAGCACACAAAAUAGUGGAGUGUUUGUGGCAGGAACAGAAGGUUUUAAUUAUUACGGCACACUCACUGAAGUGCUAAAGUUAACCUUCACUGGUGUUUACUCUGUCACAUUAUUUAAGUGCAAGUGGUACAAUACAAAUCCAAGACGGAAGAAGACAAUCGUCGAGAACCUUAUCACUAGUAUUAAUGUCAGUGGUGUAUGGUAUAAAGAUGACCCAUACAUACUUGCUAGUCAAGCAAAGCAAGUGUUUUAUCUCGAUGAUUUAUUGAGAGGGAAAAAUUGGAAAAUAGUUGAGAAUGUAAAUCACCGACAAAUUUGGGAUAUCGUGGAUGAUGAUCCUAACGUCGAAAUUGAUUUGGUACACGACACCAACUCCUCCAAUUUUGUGUUAACAGUAGAUCUUGGGGAGUUAAUUUUGCUACCUAAUCAACCUCCUAUAGACAUUGGCUCUGAACCUAGUUCGCCUGUCAACGAAGAUGACCGCAACGUGGACGACGAAGAUGCUACUGAAGAAUCAGACGAAGAAAUUUUAGUUGACCUUUGUGAAGAUGAUGUGAAUGAUCAUUUAGUUAAUAAUGAUAGUGAUAUGGAUGAUUAA